AGAGCUCGCGCUCCAAACGCUUCCCACAACCCUCAAAGUCCCAUCCAACGGCUAAAAAUUCACAUUCCCAGUAGCCAAGAAAAAUAUACUACCAUAGCCAUAUAAACAGCUUGGUUCCACUACCAUCCUUGCUUCCACAUUUGUUUUAGAAAUCAAAGCAAACAAGGGGUGCUAGAAGAUAAGAAGAUGGCUUCUCUUCCCAUCGCCUUCGCUGUUCCUUCUGUUAGAGUGUACGCAGCCACAGCAGCUAAAGGAGCAGGGGGCGGCAAAGAGGAGAAAGGGCUUCUUGACUGGAUUAUUGGGAGUUUGCAAAAGGAAGACCAGUUCUAUGAGACUGACCCCAUCCUCAAGAAAGUGGAGGGGAAGAACAAUGGUGGCACCGCCAGUGGACGCAAGAACUCUGUUGCUGUCCCCCAGAAGAAGAAGAGUGGAGGCUUUGGUGGACUGUUUGCCAAGAAUGAUUAAGUUUGUCUGUUAAACUUUAUCUGUCAGCAUUUGAUGAUUCUUGAACUCUAAGUUGUAUGUUUCUAUCUCUUGAACACUACAUACUUUUUUUGGUUUCUUUUCUUCCAUGUCUAAGAAUUAUGAAUUCAUUUCAAGUCA